AUGGAUUUUGACGCGAUCUUGCAGGGGAAGUACCCCGCCAGGCAACACGCGAGACGCGUCGUCGACUACAUCCGCUCCAAAGUCCCCGAUGCCACCGGCGUUCUGUACCUCGAGAGUCGCAUGACAAAGCUGCUAGAGGAUAACGAUGAGCCCGAACCGUUCCGACAGCGCCGCUUCUUCUACUACCUCACCGGCUGUGAGCUCGCCGACUCGUACGUAAUUCACGACAUGGACUCGUCCAAGACGACGCUCUUCAUCCCGCCGAUCAACCCGGAGAGCGUGAUCUGGUCCGGACUGCCCGUCUCCGCGGAGGAAGCUAUGCAGAAAUACGACGUCGACGAGGUCAAGUACACCACCGAUGUCAACGCCCAGCUGGCGCACGUCGCCGGUCAGAAGGCCAAAUCGACCGUCUUUGCCAUCCCGAACCAGGUAUCGGAGCACGUGACGUUCCUCGGGUUCGACAACACGAACUUCUCCAUCCUCAAGGAGGCCAUCGAGGUCUGCCGCGUGGUCAAGGACGAAUACGAGCUUGCUAUGAUCGCGAAGGCCAACGACAUCAGCAGCAAGGCUCAUCGUGUCGUCAUGGAGAGGGCGAAACAUGCCAAGAACGAACGCGAGCUCGAGGCUCGGUUCCUGGCUGACUGCAUCAGCGCCGGCGCGCGCAACCAGGCGUACCACGGCAUCUUUGCGGGAGGCAAAGCGGCAGCCACACUGCACUACGUGCACAACAACGCUCCGCUCAAGGGCAAGCUGAAUCUGCUGGUGGAUGCUGGUGCCGAGUGGGAUUGUUACGCCUCGGACAUCACCAGGACAUUCCCGAUCAACGGCAAGUUCACCAAGGAGAGCAGAGCCAUCUACGACAUUGUCCUCAAGAUGCAGCUCGAGUGCAUAGCGGCGCUGAAGGAAGACGUGCUGUGGGACGACGUACAUCUCCUGGCGCACAAAGUCGCCAUCGACGGCCUGCUAGAGCUGGGAAUCUUGAAGGGCGACAAGGACGAGAUUCUGGCCAACCGGACGAGCGUGGCCUUCUUCCCGCAUGGGCUCGGGCACUACCUCGGAAUGGACACCCACGACACGGGCGGCAACCCCAACUACGCGGAUGAGGACACCCUGUUCCGGUAUCUGAGGGUUAGAGGAAGGGUGCCCGCAGGGAGCGUUGUCACCGUGGAACCGGGCAUCUACUUCUGUAGUUUCAUCAUUGAGCCCUUCCUCAAGGACCCCAAGCACGCCAAGUACAUUGACGCGGAGGUGUUAGAGAGGUAUUGGGAUGUUGGGGGUGUUCGGAUCGAAGACAAUGUGGUCGUCACCAAGGGUGGGGCGGAGAACUUGACAACAGCCAUCAAGGACCCUGAUCACAUCGAGAAGAUCAUUGCUAGCAGCUGA